CAUGAGAUGUAUGAGAGGGCUAGACUGCGGGAAGACCACGAGAAGUUCUUGAGUGGGAAGGGGUUCGUCGGAUUUUGUGAAUAUUGGAUGGGAUUUUGCAAGAGGGCUGGUGAUAUCAACGCUCUCGACAAAGUGGCCGGUGUCAUGCACGCCGUUCAACUAGACGUCUCGUCAUCGGCGGCCUCAGUCAACGAUUCGUCGCUCCCCGUCAAUCCAUCGUCAUCAACAUCUCCAUCAAAGUCUGCUUCACAUAGCGCCAAGGCAGAGCAAGGAGAUACUCCCGAAGAAGAUGGACGUUCAAGGUCAAGUAGUCGGCGGCGAGGAGGUGCGGGAGAAUCGACCAGCCAGGCGCUCGAGUUGGCGAAAGUAUGCGCGUCUCUAUCUCAGGCAACAAUGCUGCUUGAGACUAACAUGAGCGACGACAAAGCCUCGACCGACGACGAAGACCUCUCAUCACGCUUGUCCGAAGCACUCUCCGCCAUUCUUCGUGCAAGCAAGCUUGUCUCAUUGUCACCGCCGAAGACAUCGGCUACUCCGUCGUCUUCCGCGACGCCUUCGGCCAGCACUGUCUCGAGUCGAAGUUCAGAGGACGAUGUUUCGAGAGCUGAAGCCAAGCUUUUGCGAGCCGUCGAACGACUUCGAAGAGUUACGAUCAAGGCACUCGAGUCCUCAUCCGCAUCAUCCCAAUCCUCUUCGACGUCAAGUUCAGGCUCCCCUGCAAGAAGCGAUCCAUUGACAAGGGCAGAGAUUGCCCUUCUUCAGGGUAUCGUCAACUUCUUGGAAGGCGUUUGCCAAGAGCGUCCAAACGAAGAUACAAUUACCUCCGUACUCGAUACGCUCUUCAUGCUUGCCCGCACUGCGCUCUCUCCUUCCAAUCCCGACAGUCAUAUAUCCUCAUUCGAUAUUUUAUCCCAGGCCUGCCGCAUACUCGGCAUCGUCCUUCACGGCACUCACGAUCCACCCACAUAUGUCGCCACCGCCACACCGACGGCAACACCUUCCUCCACCCAUACGCCCAACUCCGAACCGUUUCUACCGCCUGACAUCCCUCUGAGGGUGUAUGCGAAUUACAUGCGAUGCGUGAGCGGUGCGUUUUAUAGCUUAGCGGCGAUGUUGUAUCAGAAGGAGAAGUAUGGGGCGGGUAGUAGGUUUUUGAGGCAGGGUUGUGUGCUAGGGAGAGAGGCGUUGAUGCUUUGGGGGAAGUGUCAGCUUGAAGGCGUUGGUGGCGAUGUUGAAGAGGGCAAGGAAGGAGAGGAGGGGGUGUGGAAGAGUUUACAGGGUGGGAUGGGGAAGAGGUGGGAGUUGCUGGGCGUUUGUUAUUCGAAAAUUGGGGAUAGGAAGCUUGCCUACGAUGCUUUCAUAGACUGCCUCAGAUCCUUCAAGGCCAACGACUCCGUUCUGAGUGUCAUCAGAGUCAAGGGUGGGAAGGUUGCCUUCGAGACAUGUCCGGACUUGAAGCAGGUGGGAAUCAUUGUCGAUCGAGUGACUUACAUGGCCACUUGUGAGCUGUUGCGAGAUCCUGCAGAGGUAUCGCUGCUCUCCGGCAAACAGAAGGCCGCACCGCUGAAUCCAGAACAAGAGAACUGGGCGUGUCUUCUCGGUGCUGUUCUCGAGCGCCAGAUCGACAGCCUGGAGAGUUGUAGAUGGAAGGAUACAGGGAAGACGGCCACCGCAAGGUUGUUGAGCGACUGCAUCAGCGUGUACGAGGCGGCGAAGAGGCCUAUCAGGAGAGUCGGUGUGUUGCUGAGGUGUUUAGAGUUCGAGUAUUAUACCGGGAACGUGAAGGGCGUACGGUUUAAUCCGGAGACGGUCGGUCAGAACGUGGAGGCGUUAUUGUCUGGCUUGGACCUGGGCUUCGAUAAAGACCUCUCCCACCUCCGCACUCAAUACCAAGCUACCACCCACCUUUGGCUCGCACUCCACGCACAUCGUCGACAGGACCCACAGCAAGGCGAAUAUAUCAUUCGCCACGUAGAUGAAGCUUGUCGGGUCCUCAAGACAUUAAUCCCCUCGCAACCACCGCCUUCGGCGCAGGUCAGUCCUCAGAAAGCUGCUUCCGGCAAGCCAGCCGCGGCUGCCACGAAGAGAGGAGGCCUGAGAGGUGCGGUGAAGGCACCCGUUGCAUCGGCAAAGGCAAGAGUGCAAAGAAUGAUGAAGAAGGCUCCAGCUAAAGGGGUUAAAGAUCAGAACGCCGCACCACCCACGCCGGCUGAGGUCAUCAACAAGGUCGAAGACAAUUUCGACGACUUUCAGAAGGUGGUCAACUUGAUCCAAAUGACUACCCAGUUGGUGGGGCUACUCGGUUACAUUCUUGCAAAGGUUCAGUUGCUGCAAGUUCUCAGACGUCUGUGUCGGCGAUAUGGGAGCACUGCUGAAGACCACUACAUCAAGGCCUGCAUCGACCUCGCCCAUGAGUAUGUCAAGCUGGGCAGGACUGAGAAGGCAGGAGGGCUAUACAAUCACGCAGUCGGUCUCGUCAAACAGCCAACUGCAGGCGAUCAGCUCCGAAUUUUGUUCUUUCUGCGAUACACUGAGUCCCUCGCUCUGACCGGAAACGUUCGACAGAGUUCCAGCAUGUAUUGCGAGGCUUUGGCGCUCUGCGAUUCGGUAGACGUGGAAGAGAAGAAGAACAUGUCUACUAUUGAGCGUAUAAGGAUACGGACGCAGAAAUUGGAGCGCGCUGCUCUUGCUGCUAGCGCAUUUUCUGGAAUUCAGCUUUCCCGAGACGAUCCCACCACCUCUGUUGUUGGACUCCUUCAAGCACUACGCCUUUGGAAUCGUGCCACGAGUGCUCUCGCACGAUUGGAUCCGCCACCAGAGCCACGCAAGACAGAUCCCGAAGCGGAUAACCCAUUCAACAUGACCGAAGUGAAGAACGCUUUGCCCUCUGCCGGUAAUGACGCAGCUGCCAAAUAUGAUUCCAUGCGUCCGAGACCCAAUAUGGACGGCCUCGAAUGGCGCAUCGCCGAGGGCCUUCUAUCCACCUUACACUCUCUCGCUCAAGCUUACUUUUCCCAAGGUUCACCUCGCGCUGCGGAAUACUUCAUUGAGCAGAUGCACGAUCUUGCUAAAUCGCUGAACUGUCCGGCGAUGGUGAGCCGCGCAUUGGCGAAGAAGGGAGAGCUGAAGCUGCACCUUGGACAGCUUGAGGAGGGACACGAGAUGCUGGUGCAGGCUGCGGAGUUGUUGAUGGAUAUGCCAGGUCCAGAGGCAGCUGAUAUUCGAAGGUUGAAGGGUGAUUAUAGUCAGUUGAACGAACAGGACAGAGACGCGGAGGCUCUGUACUCCGAGGCAGCAGACAUCUUGGAAGAGCUCGACAAGAUGUUCUCAGCGAUGGACGGGCAAGGUGUCAGGCGCUCCAGUAUAACACUACAAGGGGCAGCUGGACCACUUGUUCCUAGUCUGCAGUCUGCAGUGCUUCGGCAACACAUCUGGCUCUUGCGUAACGAUGUUGGGGAGGAGUAUCAAGAACUACUCAACCGCUUCUUAGACUUACCCUCCACCCCAGAAACAAAGGCGGAGGAAACGGCGCUGCUUGCGAAGCUCGCUCUUUAUGACGUCCAUGACCGCUUCCAAGACGACAUCUUUCUCAGCAGCCUCGCGGAGUCUACUAUCGCUCUUCCCAUGGGCAUGUCCGGCAAUAAGUCAUACGCUGCAUCUGCCUCCGUCCAAGAGAUUCUCGGCAUCCUGGCCAAUGCGGAGAAGCUCUUUUGGUCGAAUCUGUCCGCAAUCGCACGACGUGGACGAGUGGUUCAGGUUCGCGACGCCGCCGGGUCCUUGGCGCUCAUCCAACUUUAUCAAACUUCCCUGGGCAAGUCAGGCGCCGAAGGUGCGGUCAUGGUAGCCAAUCUUCUGGAUGCAAGUGCAAGCGUUACUCUUCGACGCGAGAUGCUGGAGGUCAUACGAAAUAAGUUCCCUGAUUAUGCAUCCCUGGAUGAUCUUCAAUGGCCUCGUAUCACCAACAACGGGUCACCUAUCGCUCCCUCAAAACCCUCGGUCAAGCGCGUUCUUCAAUUCGACUCCGAUGGUGAAGAUGACACCGACGUGGACGCGGCUAGUUUGAAGAAAUAUUGGGAGUCUGUCCAAGCUCGAUAUCUCGCGCAGACUCUCGACGCAGAGAGUCUCCUUCGUUCCAAGACCGACCGCCUGCCAGAACACUGGACUGUCGCUCACAUUUAUAUUACCGAGGACAAGAACACGAUAUUCAUCACUCGUCAGCGGGCUGGCCGAGAUCCAUUAACCUUCUGCCUGCCGCUCAAGGGAAGGAACGCCAUGGAGGACGAGGAACAUCUCACCUUCAAUGACGCUGUCGCUGGACUGAAAGAGAUCAUCAGGCUCAGUGAUGUGAGCGCGAAAGAGGCAAUCAACGUCAAGGCUGAUGAUAAGGAUGCGAGGGCAGCUUGGUGGGCCGACCGGACAGAAUUGGACCGACGGUUGAAGGAAUUGCUCGAAAAUAUUGAGUUCUGUUGGCUUGGAGUAUUUAAGACCAUUCUAAGCCGACCACAUGAUAUUCCUGCGGACGCCCUGGAAGAUCUCCGAGGCCGCCUUGAAGGCCUCUUCCAGCGGAGUCUCGUCUCCCACAGCAAGACCAAUAAGAAGCAGAAGUCCCGCGUGCGGCUCGACGAAUCCAUCGUCGAAUGCUUUUCCUACUUGUCGCCAAAAUGUCGCGACGAAGAGUUGGAAGACUUCCUCUACUUCAUACUGGACCUAUACCAAUUUCACGGCGUCUCGGUGGCUAUCGCUGAAGUCGACGUGGAUCAUGUCGUUGUGGAUCUCCGUACCCUUUUGGAAGAACACACGAGCAGGACUCGAGGCCGAGUCGUGCCCCAAGAGGAUAGCCAUUUGUUUUUGGUCCUUGACAAGAACGUGUUGGGUUUGCCUUGGGAAUCUCUACCGAUCCUUCGCGGGCAGAGUGUCAGCAGGAUACCAAGUAUCGAUUUCCUAAUUGACCGACUGGACUACGAGGAGUGGCGCCGGAAGGAUGCAUCGUCUGGUGCUGGCCAUUCCCCCAUUGACCGUGCGAAAAUCAAUCCUCGAAGCACAUACUACGUGUUGAAUCCCAGCGGCGAUCUCGCCGCCACCCAAGGCCGGUUCAGCCCCUGGCUCAAGGAGAUGCACAGUGUUGGUUGGCAAGGAGUUGUUGGGAAGGCGCCUAGCGAACAACAGGUCCUAAACGCAAUGUCUCAAAAUGAUCUCUUCAUUUACUUCGGUCAUGGCGGUGGCGAACAAUAUGUCCGUUCCCAAAAGAUCCGUCACCUUCCUCGAUGUGCUGCGACCAUGCUCUGGGGCUGUUCCUCUGGGGACCUCAAGGAACUGGGUGAGUUCGACCGCACAGGCACCCCAUAUCACUACAUUCUGGCUGGAUGCCCGACGCUUGUCGCCAAUCUAUGGGACGUGACAGACCGGGAUAUCGACAAGUUCGCGCAGUCAGUUUUCGAUAAACUCCAUCUCACCGCGCGAGACGUCAAGAAGCACUCGUCUGGGAAGUCUUCGUCGGCUAGUGAGACGUCCGUCGUCGCGGCCGUGUCUGAGGCUAGGGAAGCGUGCAAGUUGAAGUAUCUGACCGGUGCUGCGCCUGUCGUGUAUGGCAUACCAUUUUACCUGUAGAUUCACACUCUCAAU